CCAUAUCUGAGGAUUGGCUCCACAUGCAGGAGUCUUGCGCAGCUGUAAUUACCCGCGGAUAUAUUAUCGGAAAGCCGGAUAACUGUAGGAGGACCUGAGGAGAAGUCGCCAUAUCUUGUGUUAAACGUUCGGAUUAGUGCAUCUCCCAUUCCCGGUUGCCAUUAUGGGAGGGAUAGAUCGGCAGCGGAGGGUAUCUCUGGCUCUUACCUUGAACUUCCUCGCGCUGAUUCUAGCCGUGACUGCGUUGACUACCAGCUACUGGUGUGAGGGGACACGGAAAGUUGCGAAACCUUUCUGUACCGGCCCAUUCACCACGAAACAGUCGUUCUGUAUCAGGUUCAACAGCUCGAACAUUAACGACAGCAGACUGGUCCAGUACAUCUGGGAGUCUGGCGAGGACAAGUACAUUAUGAGGAAGUUCCACACCGGGAUCUGGUUUUCGUGCGAGGAGAACGUCAAUAUGACUGGUGAAAACUGCAGAAGUUUCAUUUAUGUCACACCCUCACAUGAAAGAGGAGUGCUGUGGCUGUGUAUCGUGGCAGAAUGUCUGUAUAUUCUCCUCCUGGCUACCGGAGGCAUGCUCAUGUCCAUAGAGGCGUGUCACUUAGGAAACGUCAUCGACGGCCUCAAACUCAACGCCUUCGCUGCCAUAUUCACUGUCCUUUCAGGUCUACUCGGCAUGGUGGCCCACAUGAUGUUUACCACAGCCUUCCAGCUGACAGUCAGUGUGGGGCCAGAGGACUGGAAGCCUCAGACAUGGGACUACAGCUGGUCAUACAUCCUGGCGUGGAGCUCGUUUACAGCCUGCAUGGCCUCCUCGGUAACCAUCAUCAACCGCUACACCAAGACCAUCCUGGAGUUCAAACACAAGCGCAGAAACAUCGAGAAGAACCUGAAGAUCAAGCAGAAGCUUCUGGAGCUGGACUCUGGACCAGGGGUUGGGGUGGGACAAGUUGGACAUGUGGAACAGGUGUGGGACAUGUACAUCAGCUCAGUACCCAGCUCAGGCUGCACAGCAGAGGAAUUGCUGGACUUGUCCAGUAAUGGAAGGAAGCUGUCCAAUGCUUCAGUGUUUCUGGACCUGAAUGACCUGCCAGAUCCGCAAAGAGAGGAGUACUGCUGAGGAGGGAACUAGGGGACUGAUCAAGGCACGCACAAAUACGCAUAUACACACAAACACAAACACAUACAAACAAAGGAUACCUGUCAUGCACUGCCACCCAAUUUACAAACCAAAUACCAUCAGCAACUGUGACUUCAUGUUAGAGGAGAUCCAACUCCAAGUUUACCUGACGUUCCAAGCUGAGGUAGAGAUGGGUAGAGGAUAAGAGAGAUGCAGUGGGGGAAAAAAAGUAUUUAGUCAGCCACCAA